AUGCAGGAGGAAUUGCAGGAGUUUGUCAUUAUUCUAAAUGAAAAUGAGGCCACAAAUAUUGUAAAGCCUUCAACUUCAAAUAAUGAUGAAAUUAAUAAUAAUAUGGAAUAUAAAUGGAGUGUUAAUAAUACAAAAUUACUGAUAGAUUUUUAUAGUAAAUAUAGAAAUAAAGUAGGGACACUACAGAUACGAUCCCUGAAAAAGCUGUGGGAGAUAAUAGCUGAAGAGCUACGAAAACUUAGAAUAAAUGUUACUCCCAAUAAUUGCCUCAAUCGCUGGCGAGUUCUUGAAAGGAACUAUAAGAAAUUUAUAGACAACAAUAGCAAAACAGGUAGAGGACGCCAAUAUUUUGAGUAUGCAAGUGAAAUGGAAGAAGUGCUUGGUAAAAAGAGAAAUGUUCACCCUGAGCUAUUAUUAAGUUCAAACACGAAAGAUGACCUAGAACACGAAUUGGAUACCAAAGAAAAUAAUGAACCGAUUGAAAAACCCCCAAAAUUAGUGAGGCCCUUAGAACCUGAAUCACCUCAGGAGCUUGAAGGUGCAGAAAACAUUAAUCAACCUGGUACAAAACAAAAUGAGGAAAUGCCUAAAAGAAAGCCUUUAAGAUCAAACAUCUUUCGAAAAAAGGCGAGCACCAUGGAGAAAAUGCGGUUGGAUCGAAAAAUAUAUUAUGAUGAGAAAUUGGUUAUUGAAAAAAAGAAAAUAGAACAGAUGGAGAGAAGAAACCAGUUAAUUGAAGAAAGAAACAGCAUCCUAAGAGAAAAUAAGUGCAAUUGCCAAUGCAUAGGUUCAUUUCCUAGCCUGUGUUAA